AUGGACAAUAUGCGCGAAAUCCUAGGCGCGGCCAUGUCGCUCGCCUCGUGGAAAACCCUUGCCUUGGUCCUUGCAGUGAUAAAUCUAAAGAGCCUCCCAUUUGUCUGGCAUUUCCGCGUGCUGUAUCACUUCGUGGGUAACUUACGUUUAAAACCCAACGAUCCGUUUUUCCCCAAGGGAAAAGCAAUUGUGGAUGCCCAGGGCAAGCCGACACAUCCUGUCUUUGUGCCUCGCAUGGUCACAUCACGCACGCCGUUGCUGGAGACUGAUUACAACCUGCACAAGUCCAACAGCACUUACUUCGCAGACUUGGAUAUUUCACGUACUGCGCUUGUGAGUCGACUUUACAGCCCGGGUGUGGGCAUUGUGAGCAGGGAACUCGAUGAAGAGUUCUUGGCUGCGAGCCAGAAAGAGGGUAAGCGCGCCCCAAAGCGUAAAGCGGUAUCUAUUGUCCUCGGUUCAGUUUACUGCACCUUCAAGCGGGAGAUCAAGCCCUUUGAACUGUAUGAGAUGCAUUCCAAGGUGAUCUCCUGGGAUAAAAAGUGGAUGUACAUCUUGACCUGCUUCAUGCGACCUGCCCGCGGCGGAGGGGAGAAGACUGUGCUUGCGGUGGCUGUCAGCAAGUAUGUGGUCAAGAAAGGUCGACUUACUGUCGCACCGGAACGGAUACUGCGCGCGAGUGGAUUCCUCCCCGCCCCGCCAGCGGGGAUCGAAGCCAAGGCUACCCCAGCCGACUCUUCCGAAGCUUCCGGCGUCGAUACUCCCGGUAGCACUGAAGGUAUCACAGCGACGGGAGUGGACGGUUCGCUGGUUCGCGAAGUACUGAAGCUGAGCGAGGACCAGAUUCCCGGCCAGAAAACUCUGGAAAAGCAGCAGAAAGAGAAUACCGAUCUGUGGAGCUCCGAGGAAUGGACGUGGGAGCGCAUCGACCAGGAACGACAGCGGGGACUGAAGGUUGUGGAUGGAUACACUACACUGGAUGACAAGUUAUUUGACGAGUGGAAGCAAUAG